CGGCUCCUAAAGCAUGGAUUGUACGGUUUGACGUUUGUGACAUUUCGGUCAGGCUUGGUUUAGUUUUUUAUUGUAUAUCUUUCGGUGCUUUUAAAAGGCAAAAGUUCAGAACGGGGGGGUUCUAAUUUUUUGUAUAAAAUGUCUGAUGAUGAUUUUAUGUGUGAUGAUGAAGAAGAUUAUGGCUUAGAAUAUUCGGAAGAUAGUAAUUCGGAGCCAGACGUUGAUUUAGAAAAUCAGUACUACAACAGUAAAGCCCUUAAAGAGGAAGAGCCAAGAGCUGCUCUAGUAUCAUUUCAAAAGGUUCUGGACCUAGAAGGUGGUGAGAAGGGAGAAUGGGGAUUCAAGGCUUUAAAGCAGAUGAUAAAAAUUAACUUUAAACUCGCCAAUUAUGAUGAAAUGAUGGUUCGUUACAAACAACUGUUAACAUAUAUUAAAAGUGCAGUCACUAGAAACCAUAGCGAAAAGUCUAUUAAUUCUAUUUUGGAUUAUAUUUCAACAUCUCGUAAUAUGGAACUGUUACAAAAUUUUUAUGAAACUACUUUAGAAGCAUUAAAAGAUGCCAAAAAUGAUAGAUUAUGGUUUAAGACAAACACAAAAUUAGGAAAAUUAUAUUAUGACCGAGGGGACUUCAAUAAAUUAGCAAAGAUAUUAAAACAAUUGCACCAGUCCUGCCAGACUGAUGAUGGAGAAGAUGACCUGAAGAAAGGAACCCAAUUGCUGGAAAUAUAUGCAUUAGAAAUACAAAUGUACACCGCUCAAAAAAAUAACAAAAAACUUAAGACCUUGUAUGAACAAUCCUUGCACAUUAAAUCGGCUAUUCCCCAUCCAUUAAUAAUGGGUGUUAUUAGAGAGUGUGGUGGUAAGAUGCAUCUGCGGGAGGGUGAAUUUGAGAAAGCCCAUACGGAUUUUUUUGAAGCUUUUAAAAAUUACGAUGAGUCUGGUAGUCCAAGGCGAACAACAUGUUUGAAAUAUUUGGUGUUAGCCAAUAUGUUGAUGAAAUCUGGAAUAAAUCCGUUUGACUCCCAAGAAGCAAAACCAUAUAAAAAUGAUCCAGAAAUAUUGGCAAUGACAAAUUUAGUUAAUGCAUACCAAAAUAAUGAUAUUAAUGAAUUUGAAAUUAUUUUGAAAGAAAAUAGGCAAAACAUAAUGGAUGAUCCCUUUAUUAGAGAACAUAUUGAAGAUCUGUUAAGGAAUAUUAGGACUCAAGUACUGAUCAAACUUAUUAAACCCUACACUAGAAUUCAAAUACCCUUUAUUUCAAAUGAGCUGAACAUUGAUGUCCAGGAAGUGGAAAGUCUUCUAGUAGCUUGUAUAUUAGAUAACACAAUUCAAGGUCGUAUAGACCAGGUUAACCAAGUUUUGUUUCUGGAGAGGACCACCAUAAACACGGCCAGAUACAAUGCCUUGGAGAGAUGGGCGACCCAGUUGAGUACAUUGCAUUCUUCUAUUGUAAAUAAAAUGGCCUGAUAUGAGCUCGAUGAAGAAACAGAAGACGUGGAAGAAGUGAUAGCGCUUAGCGCCUUUUGUUAGGUUUAUUGUUAUACAUUUUUGUGUAACAACACAGUUAUCAUCAAUUAAUAUUGACUGAUGCGUUUCUCAUUAGUAUGAAUCCCACAACAAACAUAUUUUCCAUGAAACAUAACUCUCUUGUCAACACUGAAGUUGAACUUGAAAUAAUUACUUUUGUUUUAUUUACUUUUUUGCGACUAUAUUUUCUUGUAUGAGUGGUUUAUAAAUUAGGCUUUAUUUAUAUGGAAUACAAGAUUUCUGUUAAAUUAAUAGUCAGACAAUCAAUUGGCUACUUUGAUAACUUUUGUCUAUUUAAGUUUUCAUGAAUUUACUUGCCUGAAAUGGUUGCUAUAUAAAUUACCUUCAUCAUAACUGUGUUUGAUAUUGUUAACCAAUUUUCUAAUAAA